AUGGACAGGAAAACGCCCUGGUACGUUUGCCUUUUCCUACAGACCAUUGACGUGAAGCCUGAAGACAUUAGUGAGCCAGGUACGAAGGGUAAGCAGAUAAAAAUGGAACAGUUUGUGAGCCAUGUUAACAGGUGGGCUGCAAAUGAUCAUCGCACGUUGGCGGCAGACAGGAAGUUAACAGAAAUGAUCUGUUUAGACAUGCAGCCGAUGUCCAUGGUUGAAGAUACUGGCUUCAAGACUUUUGUCGACACUCUGCAGCCAUCCUACAGUUUGCCAACAAGGAAACACUUGAGGUGGAAUCUAAUUCCAAAGCUCUACAAUGAAAUCAAGGCCAACAUCAAACAACAGCUUGAAAUGGUGGAGAUUGUUAGCAUAACAACUGACCACUGGACAUCCCGUGCGAAUGAUGCGUACAUGUCAGUAACAGCGCACAUCCUUACAGAAGAUUUUGAGCUCAAAGAUUUCUGCCUGGACGUUGCAUACAUGCCCCAGAGCCACAAUGCUGAGAACAUAUCACGGGCACUUGUUGACAGUGUGAAGAGCUGGAUACCUGGUGCCGGAACUAAUAAAGAAGUGAAAAUAUAUGUAGUGUCGGAUAAUGCGGCCAAUAUUCAAGCUGCAUGUCGAUUGCUUCCAGACAACUACAGAGCAUUGAACUGUUUUGCACAUACGCUACAACUUGUAAUCAAAGAUGGACUGAAAGAAUUCACUGGAGCCCAGAAUGUAAUUUCCAAGUGCCAGAACAUCGUGAAUCACUUUCACCACUCAGCAAAAUCUACACAUAUGUUGAAAGGCAUGCAAAAAACAAUGCAGAUGCCAGACCACAACUAA